AUGCAAUUCUCAAAGGUUUACAAACGACAUGCUUAUUCAGUUCAGCUGUCUUUCGAAUUAAAUAAACUUAAAGAUCAAUCAAUAUCAAAAGAUAAUUUUACUUAUCAAGAACUAAUACGUGAUAAUACAAAUCAAGUAGAUCUCAAUAAUUCAUCAUCCGUACUUUCACUAGUUGAUAUUCAAUUAACAAGGACAAUAUCUACACCUGUUAUUAAUAGUAUUACUUCUUCUACUUCUACGCCAUCAAGUUUAACAUCAAUAUCAUUACAAUUAUCUUCAUUUGGUAUAAAUCAACCAAAUGAUAAAUUUCAUCAAUGUGGUUUCAUAACAUAUACACAUUCACCAACAGGAAAUGAUUAUAGUAUUGUUGCAUGGUGUAUUCAUAUGAUAACACUUGAAUAUCCAAAUGAUCGUGCGACAAUUAUUAUUGCUAAUAAUAUAACAUAUAAAAUAGAUUCGUUGAGAACAUGUACCGCAUAUUUAUAUAUCUGA